AUGGAGAACAGGACAGAGGUGACGGAGUUCCUCCUGCUGGGACUGACCGACGACCCACGCCUGCAGCUUCCCCUCCUCAUAACCUUCCUCCUCAUCUACACCAUCACCGUGCUUGGGAACCUGGGGAUGAUCCUGCUGAUCCUGCUGGACUCUCGUCUGCACACCCCCAUGUACUUCUUCCUCGGUAACCUGUCUCUGGUGGACUUUGGAUACUCUUCUGCUGUCACUCCCACAGUCAUGGCUGGGCUGCUAACAGGAGACCAGGUCAUGUCCUACAAUGCUUGUGCUGCUCAGAUGUUCUUCUUUGUAGCCUUUGCUACUGUGGAAAGUUACCUCUUGUCUUCCAUGGCCUAUGACCGCUAUGCAGCGGUGUGCCAGCCCCUGCAUUAUCCCACCACCAUGACCACACGUGUGUGUUCAUGUCUUAUCAUAGGAUCCUACAUCUGUGGCUUCCUGAAUGCUUCAAUCCAUGUUGGGGACACAUUCAGUCUCUUCUUCUGUAACAACAAUGUGGUCCAUCACUUUUUCUGUGAUAUUCCAGCAGUCAUGGUUCUUUCUUGCUCUGAUAGACAUGUUAGAGAGCUGGUUGUUCUUUAUGUUGUAGGCUUUAAUAUCUUUUUUGCUCUCCUUGUUAUCUUGAUAUCCUACAUCUUCAUUUUUGCCUCCAUCCUAAGGAUGCACUCAGGGGCAGGACAUCAGAAGGCUCUGUCCACCUGUGCCUCCCACCUCACCGCAGUCUCCAUCUUCUACGGGACUGUUAUCUUCAUGUACCUGCAGCCCAGCUCCAGCCACUCCAUGGACACGGACAAAAUCUCAUCUGUGUUCUACACCAUGGUCAUCCCCAUGCUGAACCCCAUGGUCUACAGCCUGAGGAACAAGGAGGUCAAGAGUGCAUUCACAAAAAUUAUUCUGAAGGUGAAAUAA